CGAAGUAAACAAACAAACCGCCAAGAUGCACACACCUUCAAACCCCGCAACCGCAAAGGAAACAGGUGUACGAACCUCCUACGAACAACUCCGUCAGUCAUGGAUAACCGCCGGGGCCGCGGAUCAGAGGACGAGAGGAGACCCUCCGCGUCUGUUGGGCUGGGUCUCGUGAAUGAUGAUACUACUUCCUCGGUCUUCAGGCCGCCUGUACCGACUACGCCGAGGCGCGUGUACAUGUCUUAUGAUGAGAGACGAGCGGUGUCUCCGGCGCCGUCAUACGAAUCAGCACCGAAUACACCCAGAUCGAACUAUGCGCCGACGGAAGUAUGUGGAUCGUAUGUUGGUACUAUGCCUUACAGCCCACAAUACUACGACAGGAGUAUGUCCCCGACGCGCUCGCCUGCUCGUGUUGCGUCGCCUACGCGUGCGCUUUCGCCGAUCCGCAACACGCCUGGUCAUGGUACACCUGCCUUGCCGUCCCGUUUGCUCGGAGCACGAGCACUGCCUCCACCACCGGUCUUCGAUCUCUCACCGUCGAAGCUUAUCGAGGAGACCACAAUUGACAUCACCCCAACCCCGGCCGCCGACGAAGACGAGAAGGAUGACUAUAUCUUCACCAGCUCCGCAAGCAUGGACUCCCGCUCUCCUACGCUUCACAGCCCCAGCACCCUCGGCUCCCCAGUCGACGAAAAGUCCCUUUUUGAAACCCAGCACUACGGCCCCGCUCCCGUUCAAGCCCAAGUUCGCCGUAACAAAGCCUUCUCCCCACAAAAGGUCAAGCUCACCCAAGGUAACCUCGUCAUCGACUGUCCCAUCCCAUCUAAACUCGCAUCAUUCCUUCCCCGCAAGGACUCGGAGGAGUUUACCCACAUGCGCUACACAGCCGCGACUUGCGACCCAGAUGAUUUCACGACGGGUGGUUAUGUUCUCCGUCAACAGCUUUACCACCGCGAGACGGAGUUGUUUAUUGUUGUUACGAUGUACAACGAAGACGAAGUCCUCUUCACAAGGACUAUGCACGGUGUUAUGAAGAACAUUGCACACCUCGUUUCUAGGAACAAAUCUCGUGUCUGGGGUAAGGAUGGAUGGAAAAAGGUCACAGUCUGUAUCGUUGCAGACGGACGUCGCAAGGUCAACCCGCGUGUUUUGGAUACGCUGGCCGCUAUGGGUGUCUACCAAGAUGGUAUCGCCAAGAACUUGGUCAAUGGCCGCGAAGUCAAGGCGCAUAUCUACGAGUACACUACCCAGGUCUCAGUGGAUCCUAACAUGAAGUUCGCUGGUGCGGAGAGUGGAAUGGUACCCGUCCAGAUCCUCUUCUGCUUGAAAGAGAAGAACGCAAAGAAGCUUAACUCCCACCGCUGGUUCUUCAACGCUUUCGCACCCCAGCUCAACCCCAACGUAUGUGUCCUUCUCGAUGUCGGUACGCGACCUGGGCAUAACUCCAUUUACCACCUCUGGAAAGCCUUCGACGAGAACUCCAAUGUCGCAGGUGCCUGUGGAGAAAUCAAAGCCCUGAAAGGCAAAUACUGGCGCGCCCUCCUCAACCCCCUCGUCGCUGCCCAAAACUUCGAAUACAAGAUCUCCAAUAUCCUCGAUAAACCUCUCGAGUCAGUCUUCGGCUACAUCUCCGUCUUGCCGGGUGCGUUUUCCGCCUAUAGGUAUAUUGCGUUGCAGAACGACAAGACGGGCAAUGGACCCUUGACGCAGUACUUUAAGGGAGAGAAGUUGCAUGGUGGGGAUGCGGAUGUGUUUACGGCGAAUAUGUAUCUUGCUGAGGAUCGUAUUCUUUGUUGGGAGCUUGUCGCUAAGAGGGAUGAGCAGUGGGUGUUGAAGUAUGUUCGUGCGGCGACGGGAGAGACUGAUGUCCCCGAUGGUGUGCCGGAGUUUGUGUCUCAGCGUCGUCGAUGGUUGAACGGUGCAUUCUUUGCUGCUGUUUACGCUCAGUGGAAUUUCCGUCAAAUCUGGAAGACGAAUCACACGAUUGGUCGCAAGAUUGCACUCCACAUCGAGUUCCUGUACCAGUUGAUCAACCUGAUAUUCAGUUUCUUCUCUUUGGCCAACUUCUACUUGACGUUCUACUUUGUCUGCAAAUCGCUCGCCGACGACGCUAUCGACCCCUUCGGCAACGGAUGGGGAAACAGGAUCUUUGUGUUCAUGCGUUACCUCUGUUUCCUCCUCAUCGCAUCUCAGUUCAUUCUGGCGUUGGGUAACAGACCCCAAGGUGCUCGCGGAAUGUUCAUGGGUGUAAUGGGUGGUCUAUCCUUCAUCAUGACAUACACAAUCUUCGCCGGUCUGUACAUGACAGUCUACUCGAUCAAACAAGCAAUCACGAACGGCGAAGCAGUCUUCGGAAAUAACAUCUUCACCUCCCUCGUCGUCGCGCUCGCAUCCACCAACGGUCUCUACUGGUUUGCGUCAAUCAUCUACGCAGAUCCAUGGCACAUGAUCAACUCCUUCCCACAAUACAUGAUCCUACUCCCGUCCUACAUCUGUACCCUCGGCAUCUACGCAUUCUGCAACACGCACGAUAUCUCAUGGGGUACAAAAGGUGACAAUACGAUCCACACGGAACUCGGAGCUGCUGUCAGUACGGGUAAGGGCAAGGAAGAGGUCGUUGAAGUCGAAGUCCCAACCGAGCAAUUGGACAUCGACUCCAUGUACUCCGAAGCCCUCGCCAACCUCCGGGAACGUAAGCCCCUCAUCGAACCCCCCGCCUCUGCCACAACCGCCCAAGACGAUUACUACCGCGAAAUCCGCACCCGCCUCGUCCUGGUCUGGCUCAUCGCAAACGCCUUUUUGGCGAUGGCCGUGGUCGAUAGCUUUGAUUCGGGAGUGAGUGGGACGAAUGGGUAUCUGAAGUUUAUUUUGUGGACGGUUGCGAUUUUGGCUGGGUUUAGGGUUGUUGGGAGUACGACUUAUUUGAUGAUUAACGCUGCGCAGGGGGUUGUUAAGGGGAGGAAGUAUACAAGCAAGUGAGGGAGCG